CCUAAGAGCUCCAAAUAUGUAAAGCCCACAGUUCCUACUGCUCCUUCAUUUCUCGGUCUUGUCCAUUCUCCUCCCAUCUGUAUUACAGAACUCAGACAUGGUGGACGCUGAGCUGAAUACUUCCUGUCCGUCAUUCACAGCGGGUCACAAUCCCAGUGCAGCUAAAUCAUUCGCAAUGAGCGUCCCGAACGAGAGCUACCUCGAUUUUCGGAGCACGAAUACAGGAACGCCAACUACUGAUAUGUUCGAUGCCCAAACCCUGCAAGAACUUGCGACUUCUGUGACAGCUGGCACCAGUUCGUAUCCUCUCAUUCCGAUCGAUAGCAUUGUUAGCUUCGUUGACGAGAGUUUGUAUAGGGAUCCAUCAUAUCGCCCACCUGCAUUGGACUUUGCCAGACCCUCAACACCACCAUUGAGUUAUGAGCAUGCCCGUGGAGCUUUAGCGGAGCUCGAAGAGCAUACGCCAAUAGCACCCCGACCAAGUUCAUGGAGACGACUAGAACAGCCCCUUUAUCAUUACUAUACACACUACACCCCAGAUGCAGUUCUUACUAUACCCCAGUCAUCUGGACCGACCGCUACGAACGAAGAAAAUGGAUUUAAGAAGAUCGUACCUUUCAAAUGGACCCAGGAUGAAACCAUCCUUCCGCAUUCGACUCUCUAUCAUACCCAAGACCCGGAGAAGCAUAUGCCCUCAACUGAAAUAGUAGAUACUGAGAUCCAGAGUCCCGAGCAACGUGAAGGAUGGAUCGAUUCUUCUUCCUCCAACGCCGCAAACGUCUCGAAGUUCGAUGUUGCUAACCAGAUAGUACACCAUCCUCGUCCUUGUGUCGAAUGUACAUUUGCACGGGUGCCAUGUUAUGGCUGCCCAGGACAUGCUUGCACUCGUUGCACAAAGCUUUUGUACGAGACUCGAACUUCCAAACCCGCUGCAAUGCUUAAUUACGACACCAAGGACUCACGUGCUUUCAUUCUUCGAAUUGUAUUCUUUGACAUAGAAGCCGCGCAGGGUCAGCUGUCUAAUCUGAGAGACGAGGUAGGAAAAUUGAGCACAUCGAGUAAAGGUGCAACACUGGAAACCCUUUGUCCAAAUCCCAUAAUUUGUCACAUAGUAAGUUCUGAAGUUGCAUCGCACCAUGGAUGGACCGCCGGCGUCAAAGUGGUCAUCAAGCACCUAGCAACUACCAGAGAUGCUCAUUCCCGUGCAAUCUCAUCCAAGCUGGACUUUCCAGAACCGGGACUUGACCCUUCUCAGCUAGACAGCUUUCUUGAUAUCGCAUCUCGCAUGAAGAAGCUUCAAAGUUUGAAUCAAGCCGAAGACAUUAUAGCAACCGCUAUCAAAAUCGCUGAUUACCUCGGCAUCUUGUUCAAUUGGGAUACAAAUACUAUGUGCUUCGAACAACGCCAUGGUGGCUGCUCUCGAGCCGCAGCCAAGACUAUUGUACUCGAAACGGUAUAUGCUAUGGUACACAGGGUCCAAGACCUCAUGGAGAAGAUUCUGGUUGAGGUACACAAAUCUUUGAAAGGUCGUCGAGACUUGAGUCACGACCCUGCAACAAUAUCCUGUGCACUCUGGAUAAUCUACUCGUCCCUGAACAAAUUCCAGAAAUUGAGCUGGGAUGCCAAGACUCUCCAAAACUUGAAGGUCUUUCUGAAUUCUUUGCACGAUCGAGCCUCGGGCGCAAUUGCGUCAAUCGAACAUUAUCGCAGAGAGGUUGCCUUCGUCGAAUGCGGCAAAAGGAGUGUAAACCUCCAGGCGUACAAAGAGCUGGUUGUGGCGAAGAAAGUUCCUAGAACAGCCACAGCGUUCACGUACGAGCAAUUUCGUCCAACUGCAUACUCUAUUGGAACGAUGCCAACCUUUUCUCACAAGCAAUCAUACACUGAUGUUCUUGAAGAUGGAAUCGCAGACAAUGAUCACCUGUAUGAUGAACCAGAUCUUUGUGCUGAUCGUGAGCCUAAGGACCUUGGGGCUUCUUUGGAUCUUGCGUCCGGGUGUCUGAGGCUGAUCCACCCGAGGAAGCUGACAAUAACGCAUCCUGACUCGGACUUUGACGACGCUGGGAGCUCUGUUUCUAGCCAUCGUGAACAACCCGAAAUGGAGCCAACACUGGCAAUGCAUCCUAGUGGCAACGAUGCAGACUGUAGAAGCUCUGAAUUUCUAUUUAUUGAAAGCUCGAAGGGCUACGCAGACACGAAUCUCAGCCUCGCAGCUGAGAUUCAACAUGUUAGAGCCAUAUUGGCUCAAUUGGAGGAACAGCAGAAAAAGACCAGUAUGGUGGAUGAUACGCUCUGGUGCGGCCUCGAAGCACACGAAGAUUGGCCUUCCACGCGACCACGUGUUGGACCCCCCCGGGACAUAGAGCUUGCUGCAUUGGAGGCGAAAGCUGCAGAGAGACUGCAGUCGUUGUCUGAUGAGCCACGACGAAAGAAACAGAGAAUAUAGCAGUGCCAGGCUCGACACCCAUGACUCCACCAGGAUCUCGAUAUCCAGACUGCCCAUUUCACUAGGACACUAGGUUAACAAAAGUCGAAGCUGAAGCAAAAGCACUCGAGAUUGAACUACGAGCACCUUGUUUUCAGAUGGAAACCU